GCUCCGGUGGGAGCGCCGCCGUCUCGUCACCCUGCGCCCGGAGGAGUGCUCCUCCCAGCAUGUCCCUCUCCUCCUCCUGUCCGCAGCGCCCAGCGGGCCCCGGCAGAGGCAAGGAGAAGCCGGAGCUGGCAGCCAAUGGGAGGCGAGCGCCGGGGGGCGCGGGGGGCACUCUGGGAGUGGCGGUUGUUUCAAGAUGGCGGAGAUGGCCGCCGGUCCAGGUGGAGGCGCUUACCGGAGUCGAGACAUUUCUGAUGAACAGCCAGUGGUAUCUGUUUCAGGAGUGUCUACAAAAGGAACUUUAAGAACAAAGCAUUUGCCAAAAUAUCAAAACAGUGAAUCUGUGCUAAAGAUGCCUGCAGCUGUUGCUUCUGCUUCCGUGGAUUCUGUUAGAAGCACAAGAGAUAUGACAGGACAACAGGUCGCUAAUGAAGGAGGAAUGAAGAGUGCAUCUUUAAAAGAUUUGUGUCCUGAGGACAAGAGACGCAUUGCAAACUUAAUUAAAGAACUUGCCAGGGUAAGUGAAGAAAAGGAGGUGACAGAAGAACGUCUGAAAGCUGAACAGGAGUCAUUUGAGAAGAAGAUCAGACAGCUAGAGGAACAGAAUGAACUUAUCAUCAAGGAAAGGGAAGCUCUGCAGCAGCAGUACAGAGAAUGCCAGGAACUUUUGAGCCUUUAUCAGAAGUACCUAGCUGAGCAGCAGGAAAAACUAUCGCUCUCCCUUUCCCAACUCAGUGCUGCCAAGGAAAAGGAGCAGAAGGUGUUCAGUAAGAAAAGCUUGUGCCAACAACCGUCUUUGGAGCUAGAUGGUUCAUACUUGGGUGUUGGAGGACCUCAGAAUUCUUAUAAGAACAUUAGAGCACCAAAGGCUGGAAGUUCAGUCUGUGUUGCAUUGUCUCAGCCUUGCAGGAAUAAUCAUGGUUAUGGGACUGAAAUCCAUUACAGCCACCAGGAGAGUCUGAAGGACUGCCCCAGGCGAAAUGGCCUGCACAGAAAGUGUAACAACGUGAUUUCCCCAGUCAAGCAGAAGACUCCUCCUCAUGUAAAAACAGCUCAGGAGAUGGACCAGAAAGCAAAGAAGGUUCUGAGCUUAUGUACGCAGCAAGUGAGUCAUGGUUGCACCUGCAGGCAUCUGGAGAGCUCAGGUAGUGCACAAGAGAGCCACCAUGUCAGCCAGGUGCUUCGAAGACACUGUGGGACAGUUCGCGAAACCUGUGCUUAUUCUAGGUGCUCUCAAGCUUCUGUCUUGAAUGACAGCAUGGAGUCAGGGCCUAAUGAAACAGGAAAGGCUAAAAGCUUUUAUGAAGAAAAAAGGCAGAACCUGCUUCUGCAGAAGAUGGAACUGGAAAUGGAAAAGAAAAGACUCCAGCAUUUAUUGGCUAAGCAAGAAGCAAGUGUGCUCCUAAAACAACAUCAACUGCACCAAUCCCAUAUGGAUUAUAACAGGUUUAGAGGCCACAUACCUGGUUCAGAAGAUGUGCCCAUUGAUGAAGCACCUGGAGGACUUGCUCUGAUGAUGAAUGGCAACAGCAUGGGGCUAAGUGUACCAGUGUCAAGAUGUGAAGAAUAUUUUUCAAGCACUCUUCCAGUGAGAAAAAUCUCCAGAACAGCCACGAGCACUGGUGGGAGCAGUUUGGGGAAGAAAAUGGCUGAUUUUGAUGCAAAUGUGGAAGACUGGCAAACCCUUCUGCUGCAAACUGAAAGGGAAGGCAUCAAGUCAAGGAAAGGGAUAGCUUCAGGACCUAGGAAGGAUGCAGCCACGUCUCCUGUGCUGAUAGGCAGCAGGAAAGAGCUUGCAACCACAGCCACAUCACCAAUCCAGCGUGACACUUCACGGUAUGAAGCCUGUCUUCUUGACCUGGUUGAAGCUCUGAGUCCAGCAUCUGUCCCAGGACACCUCUGCAGAGAUUCUUGUAACAGGAACAAAAGGCAGAAGCCUCGUCGUGUGAGUCACAGGCCACUGUCUUACCAGACCCCUCACAGCUGCAUGAGCAGAGCAGAUGAGCUAGAGGAGAGCCAGCUCCUUGAAGAGAUUUUCUUCAUUUGACACAACCAUUCUGUAGAAUUUUUAGGACGUUUGCAUUGCUGAUUUGUUUGUGUUAAAGCACCGUUUUAAAACUGAGCGACAACUGCUUGUCUUUGCUCUUCCAAAAUACAGCUGAUUAUCGACCCUUUUCAUUCUGGAUUUAGGAAUCAUGGGGCAGGAAUGCAUUCAGGGUAGAACAAUCAGAAAGCAGCAAUCUUUUUUAAAACUUCUGAAACAUCUUAAACAGUCUGAAAUAGGUUUGGGGUUUUUUUUGUAGUCUAAAGCAUUUUCUAGUGGAUUGAAGUCAUGGCUUUGCCAGGCUCACGUUGGAAGUAUAUUUUGCUUAUGAUUUUUAGCUCUAAAGCAGUUUUCAAGAACUACCUAACAUUCAAGAAACCACCAUGUUCAAAGUAGAUUAUUUUCUAAUUAAAAAGGUCUGUUUAAAGCUUGGCAUAUUAUAAAGGUACAAGCGCUUUAGUACUUUUCUCAGUGAUUUUAUGAUCUGUAUUUUCUUUCAGUGUUCUGAUAUUAACAUGCUAGGACUUUAGGGGCUAUAUCAUAAGCUCAAACAUACAGUGUCUAAUACUAUUAAUAGACAGUGUUGCAAGUUGAUAUACUAGGCAUCCAUAUGAAAUAUGAUAUUUGACAGUUUUUGCUGGUUAACUUAACACUGAAAUAGCAGAACACAGACAGACAUUGUAGUGGUCCAAAACCUAUUUGAUAUACUUUUCAAGAUGAGAUACACAGUAGUGGUAGUAUGAGAACAGAUUAAGACAUUUUCACUAACUUGCACUAUUUUGAUCCUGUAUCCAGGCUCCAUACUAAAUAAGAUAAAUCUAAUUAUUUCCACUAGCACCUCACAAUGCACAUUUCCCUGCUGGCUUUAAUUAUUCAUGCUGUAUCUAUUUCAGUUUAUUUAAAUGCACUUCCAUCUACUGCAUGUACUUUGUUAUUUAAAGAAAUGUGCCGAAUUGGUAAAAAUGACUGCAGAUUACAGGAUUAAUGGUCAUUUUCUCCACAAUGCAGUGUUCAUAUUUUAUUGUAACAGUAGCCACUGGCAUGUGUUCGUAGAAAUAUGAGGCUAAAAUACUCAUUUUGCAUAGUAAAACUGCAACAAGGGAAAGGUAGAUUGGAGCCACUGUGGGCAGGUUCUAGACCAUUUGUUCCCACUCAGCACCUCGUGGGCCAGGACAGCUCUUCUGACAGUCUCUUUAGACAACCCUGCUUGUCUUAUAGGUAACAAGUUGCUGUUCUGAUCCCUGGAGUAUCGUGGCUGCCUGCCACCUGCAUACUUUUUCCAGUGCAAUGUUAGGUGCUCCAUGAGGAGCCAGUGGGGAUCGGCAAUGAGGCCUGCGUCAUGUCUCCGAUGAGAGCAUCAGUGCAGGUUAUCCAGCACACACCUCUGGCAGUGCUGUGCUUUUACAGCAAUACAACAAAAGGAGAAUGAAGGGGGAGAUGAACCUCAGGUUAGCCUGAGCUGCUUCGUUCAGGCCCUGUCUUAAUCACAAAUUAGGUGAUAUCCUUUUUGUUAAUCCCAGAUGAAUUUUAAAAGCUGCUUGGAGGAGUUUAGAGGAGAGCAGUAUUACUGAGUGAGAAAAUGACUACUGGGGAAAGGCCCUGCUUGGUCUGACCUACUGUCAGUGAUGUAUUAUAGUUCUUUUGACUACGUCUAUCUGCUGUUGAAUGUGCCUCUUGUUCUACUCUCUAAUCCUGUGAAGGCACAGGGUUCUGCUUAAAACCCUGUAUUCAGUGCCCUGACCCAAGUGUAGCAGGUGGGAAAAUAGGUUUUCUCAUUCUUACUGGCUGAGUAGCCUGCUUCUUUAAGAAAGCAGGGAUAAGGAGGAGCAAGAAGAGAGAAAUGUACAAAGAGCAGCAGGAAAACUGUGGAAAUCCAUGAAGAAAUGACCGUCACAUAAAUCUUAGUGUUCUGGAUUAUUCUGUGGUGAUUCUUAGCUUUACUGGUUUGGGGAUUUGUAUUUUUUUUUUAAGGUUUGACAUUUAUGAAGAACCAGUUGUCCGAUUUCAGUCUGAUUGCUUCUCUCCUCUUUUCCAGUUUGACUGAAACUUUAAUUGCUUUUCUAAUAAGUGCUAAAUGACCUUUUGGAACAGCAAAAAAAUAUGAGUAUAUCUCUUGAAAGGUGCCUUUGUGUACCCAGUCGAGGAGACUGCAUAGGAGCAUUCUGUUCUUUGGUUCUUUUGUGGGUGCCAAUAUUUAACUGCUUUACAAUUCCUUGUGAUCCAUUGUAUCCAUUAAUAAUUCUAAUUCUGAGGGUGACUUUUGACUUGAAUCUGUAUUUCGUGAGUAGCUCUUUUUCAAGGGACAUUGUCAGGGCUGUAGGCUCUAUGCUUAAGGUGCUGUCAAAGCUAUAGGGGAGGCACACAUUUGUGAAGCGUGGAUUUCUAGCAUUAAGGUGGUUGAAAUGUCUUGUGGGUGAAGACCUGCAUGUUUUAACUGCCUGUGAGAUGUGGAUGAAGAAACAAAAGCUAUUAAUUUGGUAGACCCUGUGAAAAAUGUUUUUUUAUAAUGCUGGCUUUUGCUCUAGUUAUCAGGAGUACAUUAGGAAUAGUGUUUAGCAGUCAGUGCAAGCAAAGAUAUUUUGCCAUGAGGCACUACAAAGUUGAAGUUAUUAAAACAUUUAUAGCCCUAGAAAAAAAAAUCAAUGAUUGUCAAAUAGGAAAGGACAAAAUCAGUAGUUGGAACUGGGAGGGGAAUUGUUUUCCAUCUGCUAAUACAGUAGAGGAAAUGCAAAAAUUAAACUAGUAAAAGCAAUCACUUGACAAUGUCCUUUUAAGUUUAAGGUUAUGUAUUAGGAAGCUGCCACUGGGGAGCUAGUCCGGCCAUAAAUUGUUUGUCCAGAGCUACACAUGAAGCUGUGUUUUACAUAAGGCUUUGUGGAGUAAGAUGACUUCUGCUAAGUCUCCCACCCAUGCCUUCACUUUGCGUUGUUAUUGACUGGUUCAUGCCAAGUGUUUCUGUAGUCCUUGCUUUUGUGCAGCUUGCACACUGUGGGCCUGUAAUGAUCACACUCUUUCUGCUUCUAGCGGUUUUGCUGUUGAAUCUCAUCCUGGGCAUAUAUUUAUGUAUGUUGUGUGAAGUCUUAAUCUAAUAAAUUAUCUGGGUAUUUCAUUUGUUCA